GUCUUCGGGCCGGAAGUGAGGAAGGUGGGGCUUGUCUUAAUUCUAGCAGAAAUAAGUAGGUCCUGAGGGAGUAAGGAAGGGGAAGAAUGUCUUUGUGACACUGCUAGCAGCGCUGAGGGGAUGGGAGUCUGAAAAGGCUGUCGGCGGUGGGAGGGGGACCCAUAUCACUGCGACACCGCUGGCUCUCUGAGGGACGCGUGUCGGUGUGGGACCGGUGCACGCUGAAGGAGCGGGUGGGAUUGGGUGACCAUGGGGAUGUGGGCAUCGGUAGGCGCUAUGUGGGACUUCCCUGCGGAGAAGCGAAUCUUCGGGGCGGUGUUGCUCUUUUCCUGGACCGUGUAUCUUUGGGAGACCUUCCUAGCACAGCGGCAGAGAAGGAUAUACAAAACCACAACUCGAGUACCAACAGAAUUAGAACAGAUCAUGGAUUCGGACACAUUUGAGAAAUCUCGACUGUAUCAACUGGAUAAAAGUACAUUCAGCUUCUGGUCAGGACUCUAUUCUGUGGUGGAAAGCACUCUUAUUCUUCUCUUUGGAGGAAUUCCUUACCUCUGGGGACUUUCUGGACGGUUCUGUGGUUCUGCUGGCUUUGGACCAGAGUAUGAGAUCAUUCAGUCUUUGGCAUUCCUGCUGUUGGCCACACUCUACAGUGCACUGACUGGCUUGCCAUGGAGUAUGUAUAAUACUUUUGUGAUAGAAGAAAAACAUGGCUUCAAUCACCAGACUUUGGAGUUUUUUAUGAAAGACACAAUCAAAAAAUUUGUUGUGACUCAAUGUAUUUUAUUGCCUGUGUCUUCCCUUCUGCUUUACAUUAUUAAAAUUGGAGGUGAUUACUUUUUUAUUUAUGCCUGGUUGUUCACCUUAGUUGUUUCUCUGGUUCUGGUCACAAUUUAUGCUGAUUACAUUGCCCCGUUGUUUGACAAAUUCACACCUCUCCCUGAAGGAAAGCUUAAACAAGAAAUUGAAGUGUUGGCAAAGAGUAUUGACUUCCCUCUGACUAAGGUGUAUGUUGUUGAAGGAUCUAAGCGCUCUUCCCACAGCAAUGCUUACUUUUAUGGCUUCUUCAAGAACAAGAGAAUAGUUUUGUUUGACACUCUACUAGAAGAAUACUCUGUUCUAAACAAAGACAACCAGGAGGAGCCUGUCAUGGAACCCCGCAAUGAUGGUGAAGGGGACAGUGAAGAAAUAAGAACUAAAGUGAAAAAUAAGAAACAAGGAUGUAAAAAUGAGGAGGUGCUGGCUGUACUUGGCCAUGAACUGGGACACUGGAAGUUGGGACAUACAAUAAAAAAUAUCAUUAUUAGUCAGAUAAAUUCUUUCCUGUGUUUCUUCUUGUUUGCUGUGUUAAUUGGUCAAAAGGUGCUUUUUGCCGCCUUUGGUUUUUAUGACAGCCAACCCACCCUGAUUGGACUCUUGAUCAUCUUUCAGUUUGUUUUCUCACCUUACAAUGAGGUUUUGUCUUUCUGCCUGACAGUCCUGAGCCGCAGAUUUGAGUUCCAGGCCGAUGCUUUUGCCAAGAAACUUGGGAUGGCUAAAGACUUAUACUCUGCUUUGAUCAAGCUGAACAAGGAUAACCUGGGAUUCCCAGUUUCUGACUGGUUGUUUUCAACGUGGCACUACUCGCACCCUCCGCUAUUAGAGAGGCUUCAGGCUCUGAAAAACACAAAACAAGACUGAGCCGCUCGUGACUGCACACACUUCUGGUUAUUUCUGUCCUGGCAGCAUGUUCCAGCUCUUGAUGUUCUUAAUUUUUUAAGAAAAAUGAUUAAGUACAUAAAAGUCCAGAUUUAAAUACAUUUACUAUCUCAUUUAAAAAAAACGAUUGUAAUAAUCCAUUUCUUAAAAUACUGAAUAGAAAUUUGAGGCUUAAUAUUUUUAAAGCAUAGUCUUAUCUAACAUCUGGUUUACCAUCAAUUUGUAAAAAUUAGUCAAGGCAAUGCACAGCUCGUUUUAUUUCUUCACUAUGUGGAAUCUGCGUAUAGGGUAUUCGGGUUGUGUGUUUAAAGGAAGAAACAUCACCUCCAGGUAGUUUCUGCGAGACAGAAACAGAAAGAGUGGCCCCCAAUCAUUGUGUUUAUACCUACAUGGAGUUUGUUUUUACUUUCAUGCUGUUAUGAUUUAACUUGGCCAAUCAGUGUUUUAAAUAAGAAAGAAAAGUACAAAUCAGUGAGGCUAAUGCUACUGAAAUGGACAUUGUUAGUCUACACUGUGCUGCCGCAGUCACAGAGCUUUCUGUUUCUUGGCACACCAAUCAGGAGUCCCCUCCCUGUCUCUCCCCGCUUCCCGCCUUCCUUCCCUGUCUUUUUUGCGAUAAGGUCUCACUCUAGCCCUUGUUGGACCCAAGUUUAUUCUUUAGCCUAGGAUGGCCUAGAACUCUUAUCAAGCCUCCUUCCUCUGCCUUCCAAAUGCUGGAAUUGCAGGUGUGAGCCACCACACCCAGCUUAGGAAUUAAUAGUGCUUGAAAUUAGAAAUCUUUUAAGAAAGUCUUAAUUUUAAGCCAAGUUUGGUAGCACUUACCUUUAAUCCCAGUGCUUGAAGCAGAGGCAGGUGGAUCUGUGAGCUGAGGCCAGCCAGGGUUACAUAGUGAGACCCUGUCUAAACAAAGGAAAGAAAGAAAGGGAAAGGAAAGUUUAAUUCUCCCCUUUCCUCCCACCUGGCCUUGUUAGAGGUAAACCAGCCCUUUCUCAUUCAUUCUCCCCAACAAUUGAUAGUACAUCCUUUCACUUAGCAGAAGUUGCCAUUUUGUACACAUUCCUGAUGUUAAAUGUGGAAUAUGAGAAGAAGAGAUGACAUCUGAAAAGAUGUAAAGGUGAAAUAUUCAUGAUUCUCUUACUACAGGAAAAAGUACACUUUAUCUUUGUUCAAGGCAGAGUCUCUGCCUUCAUUUUGUAAUGUUUUUAUUCAUAAGUUAUAAUUAAACCAGAUUACAUUUUUUAAAUUCUAAGUCUUGGUAGGCAGGCAGGUAUUUCCUUUCAGAAACAGCCUCAUGAAAGAUCUCCAGUGGUAAAAGGUGUGUGCUUGACGGCUUCAAAUGUCUGUCCAUGUCCUGGUGUGUGAGUGGUGCCUUCACACAGACCAUAAUAGCCUCAGAGCUCUAGUUCAGCACUGCAUUGUUUAUUUCCUCAGCUAAGCAGAGCAGCCCACGGUUUCUCCCCAGCGUCUUUCCCUAUGACUUCAUGCUCAGAUAAUUGCCUUUCCUUCCUUCUGUGCCUUUAAAUACACGUUUCAGUCCUGCACAAGUGAGACAUUAAAAAUUGCCAAUGCAGAUUUA